AUGUCUUCGCGAUAUCCCCCAUUAUCUGGGUUCAAUUCCCGGGACCGUUCCCCCCAGCGCUUCGGUGACCGUCGACCUCCUUCGGGUCCUCGUGGCUCUGAUGAUGCGAUUCCGCCGCCUUUGGGUCGCGAGCCGCCUCGCGGUCCCAAGGCUUUGAUUGACCACCCUCCCCGAGGCCAUUAUGUUGGUCGAGGUCGAGGUUACGGCCGCGGUGGUGACUUCCGUGAUCGAGAUCGGGACCCGCGAGACCGUGAUCGUGAUCGGGAUCGCGACUUUCGGGAUCUUCGAGAUGGCCCCCCUCCCUUCCGUCGUGAUCUUGACCGAGAUUGGGGUGGCCGGCGGGAUCGCGAUUUUGACCAUAGGGAUUCACGGGGUGGUUUCGGUCGUGGUCGUUCCCGCUCCCCGCCGCCGCCGCCGCGCGAUUUCCGUGACAUGAGAGAGCCCUUGGUCCGCGACCCAGACCUUGUCCGAAUGCGCCGUGGCUCCCGUGACAGCAUACUAUCUACAUCGUCUAUAGGGCCGCCCGAUGGCCCUCCGACAAUUGGACAUCAUCCUCGCAGCGGGCCCAUCCGAGGUCGAGGUAGGGGUGAUUGGGAUGGCGGCCGCGGCCGCGGUGGCCGGCCCCCAUUUCUUGACGACCGUGAUUCUUUUCGUCGACGGAGUCGCUCGCGUGAUGGAUGGUGGGAUCGCGACCGUGAACGAGACCGUGAGAGGGACCGAGACCGUGAUCGCGAACGCGAACGCAUGUUGGAAAUUCGAGACCGCGAACGAGACAGAGAACGCGAUAGAGAGCGGGACAGAGAUAUCAGGGAUCGUGAGAGGGAUCGAGAAAUACUUGACCGUCGAGCAGAACGAUUCGAACGUCGAGAGGAGCCAGAGCGACGCCUCGAACGUGACGACCGUGAUCGUGACCGCGAAAGGGAUCGAGAUCUCCUGGACCGUCGUGACCGUGAGAGAGACCGUGAAAUACUAGAGCGUCGAGCGGAACGAUUUGAACGUCGAGACGAGCCAGAUCGACGCAUUGAACGAGACGAUCGUGACCGAGAUCGACCCGCGUCUGACCUGUGGAAACGUGACCGACCUCCCAGUCGCGCCGAUACCCGAGUUCCCCUUCCUAGCACGUCAACCCCGACCUCCGCCUCUCAUCCAUCCUUACCCCCACCGCCACCCGUCGCAGCCAUUGUGCCUCCUGACCCAGAGCGCCCUGUAGACCAUCUGCCACCUGAUCUUCCCCGCAAACCGUCGGUGCCAGAACCUCGCCGUGACAUCGACCGGCCGGAGCUACUGCCACCUCGCCCGGAACCAGUCAAAGAUCUCCCUGUCCCAGGGAAGCGCUCGCCUCCCCCAUCAGCCCCUCAGGUACCCGCGUUUGGCUCAGUGGCUGUCCCCAUUCCUGGUCCGACAGAAAAGCCCCUUGCCGACACAGCACCCGCUGGCCCACUGCCACCGGCCAGAGCAGAAGAACGAAAUGAGCCUCCGUCAUCGCGCCCACUAGUGCAGCCUCCCACCGGACCAAAGGCGGAGCGGGCAGGACCACAGCCGCCGUCGCCAUUGGAACAGCGCAUUCGUCGCGAUGAUGGUCCCGAACUCACGGGGCGGAUGGAUCCUGUUUCCCGCACUUCUAAACCACCCUCUGGCGCUCCAGGUGCUGGGCCCAGGCCAGCACCCGAUUUGUCGCCUCCGACUGCUCCAGCAUCUAUGGCCAAACCUCCAGUUCACCAGGAACCGCAAUUAGUAACAAGACCCGGUCCAGCACCAGCGUCACCCGUUUUUGACAGGCGGCAACCGCCUCCUAUUGCUCGAGCGGUUUCUCCCACGUCUCCUCGCAUGCAGUACAGUAUUCCAACAGGUCCACGUGCCUUCCAACAACGACCACCACCCUCACCAGCACGUGGACCACCCAAAGGUAGUAAACAAUGGGUUCGUCCGGGAUACAGUAAUCCACCCUUUGGGCCGAAUUCAAUUGCACUACCCAAGCGAGGCUCCUUUAAUGGAAAAGAGCGAAUUUUGUCUGUCAGUGAUGAGCCGAAACGGGAGCCGCCGCCGCCGCCGUCUCCUACUCAAUAUGACAGCGAUCAGGAACUUGAAGCUGGUGAGAUUGCGCCAACGAAGGAGCCAGAACAACCACAGGUGCCCAUAGAGCGCCCUGAGCGCCUCGAUCGCCCCGAACGUCCCAAGCCCGUUCGUGAGCCUACUCCACCACCUCCACCAGCACCCAAGCCUCCCGUGAAGCAACCGGCAGUUGAGGAAACAAAGAAGUCCGAUGAGCCAUCUCCGGAGGACACCGUGAUCCCAGACUUUGGUGCCGAAAGCGACGAGGACGAAGAUGAAAAUGUCUUUACGCAGGAUUAUCUCGAGGAGCGAAAACGGAUCUUUGAGAAAGAUAUGCAGGUGUUACGGACAGAGAUUCCCCGGCCUCCAUUAGAGGACCCAACAAUUGUGUCGUUACUUAUGCGCAUUCAGCUUCUAGGUAUGAUAGCUCAUGAUGUACCCGAGCCUGUCCGCGAAUCGGAGCCCGCACCUGAACCAGCACAAAAACCUACGCCCGAACUCGAAGCAGAGCCACAGCCCGAGUCACAGCCAGAGCCAGCAAAUGAACCAGAAAUGGAAUUAAAAAAGGUACCUGAACCGGAGCCAGCAACGGAGCCAGCGAAGGAACCAGAAAUGGAACAAGAAAAGUUGCCUGAACCGGUGCCAGAUUCAGCUCAACGGAUGGAGAUAGACGAACCCCAUGAGACAGACCAGGCAUUGGAUGAGGUGGUAGAAGAAGAGAUUCCGAAAGAAGAGCCUAUUGUUCCAGCGAAGGUCAAACCAGAUGGCGAACUACCGGCCAAGGCUGUUCUUGAAUCGCUUCCUGAUGCCAAGGCGAUCACGCUUGAAAGUCUGCCGUUCUUGAACACUGGCCCUCCCACGCCCCUCUCCGAGCUCGAUGUGUAUCAAGAAAAUGUAGUCUAUUUCGAAACUAUACGAGAAACUCUGCGAGAGGAAUUGAAAAAGCAACGCAAGGAAAUUGCGCGCAAAAAUGCUGUGCUUCGGGAAGAAUAUUUGUCUAUCUACAAGCCCUGGAGGAUGGAGAUCUGGGAGAUGGAUAACGAGAAGGGGAAGAACAGACUGACACCCAGUCAAACGCCACCGCCUCCUCCACCAGCCCUGCCAUUACCGACUACCACAGCGGAGGGAAGGAGGUAUAAAGGAAAUAGCGAGCUUGAUUUCCAAAACGCCCUUCGUGCGUCAGAAAUCUCAGCCCAAGAGGAAUUAGAGCGACGCCGUGGCAGCAAAGCUACUGCUCGACCGGACCCCAAUAGGGAGGCGGUUAUUCCGAACAUGAUGGAGCCACCUGAGGCAAAGGCGGCGGUCUACAAAGAUACCAACAACGUCGUACCCGUUGCGAAUGCUAUGGAAGUGUUUGGAUUCUUUCCACCAUCGAACGACUUUACUCCGCUGGAACACGAGCAGUUCACUAAUGCCUUCAUGGCCCAUCCUAAGAAAUGGGGCAAGAUCGCUGCAGAACUGCCUGGGCGGGAUUACCAGCAGUGUAUCAUUCAUUAUUAUUUGACAAAGGAAGAAAUUAAAUACAAGGCCAAGCUGAACAAGCGCUGGAGUCGUCGUGGCCGUGCUAAGCGAUCUGCACGGCCCAAGUCCAAUGCGCUCAUGGUUGAUCUCGGCGUGGUCAAGCCCGAUUACGAAGGCGAGGAAGAGCCCCCUCCUGUCACGGAUACCGGUCGUCCACGUCGUGCAGCUGCGCCCACGUUUGGAGACACCUCUGUUGAAGCUGAGCAUGUGACGAAUGGCCGACGAGGUGCUACCAAGGAUAUCGGAGAGCAGCCAGAGAAACCUGCUCGACGAGGUCGCACUGGUCCUGGAUCCCGGGGUGGGCGACGAGGCAAAGCUGCUCAACAACAUCAACACCAACAUCAACCGUCUCAACCCCCGACGCCGCAGGAGCAGCCAACCGGAAACAUUUCUAUACCAGUUCCGAGCGCAAUUCCCCGGAUUCCCAAGCGUGAAACGGCAGAACCUAUAUUGGAUAAUGCAAUAGAACCGGUAAUAUCGCGACCAAAAGAGACACGCGAGAAAGAACCACAAGACGUCCCUGCUCCGCCACGCGGGAAAGCUGGGCGCAUACGUCAAAAAGACGGCGUGUAUGUCUUCGAGUCGAACGAACCGGAGCCUCCAGCCCAAUUUAAGGCACCCGAUGUGGGAGGUUAUGGCUCAAUGCAGCCAACCAGCUACUGGUCUGUGCCUGAACAGCGCGAUUUCCCAUUGUUGCUGGCGCAUUUUGGCAAGGAUUGGGAGGGCAUCUCGAGCUUCAUGAAGACGAAAACGACUGUCAUGGUCAAGAACUACUUUCAACGCCGGGUUGACGGGGGCCACAAGGAAUUUGAGGACAUUGCUGGCGAAGCGGAGCAUAAGAAGGCGCGUGGUGAGCCCACAGGACCGUUGCCUACCCCCAGUGGUCCUACCAAACGACGCUACGAAGCGACUCCAUCGUCGAUCGUACCUCGACCUCUAGCUCCACACACCGAUCCUCUCGAGUCUGACAAAAAGCCUGUUGGAUUGUCUUCUCAAGCUGUUCCGCUGCAUACGCGAGCGCCCUCUGAAAAGGAGCGGAAUAUGCCAAGGUUCGCGCCCCUUGCCCAAGCUAGCGCUGCUCCGAUGACGACCACCGCCCUUCUCAACGAAGACCCACGAACGGCUCGUGCUCCUAGCGGCAUGCCACGCUUGCCAGGCCCCAAGAUGGGUCUGUUUACUGAAGAAAGGCGAGAACCGCCAGCGACUGCGUUGCCUCAGACCGUGCCUCGGUUCCAGGAUGCACAUAUCUCGGCACGCCAGACACCCUUGUCAAUGCCCGAGAUGGCGCGAAUGGAACCCUUGCAUCCAUCGGGCUAUCGUGACGUCCAUGGCUCGCCGUUGCUUGCUCCCCAGGGUACCGCUCCACCACCGCCUCAGCCGUCGUUCAUGCAGUCACAGCCCCCACUCGUGUCUCACUCUCGCCAUCCCAGUCUUGGAAAGGCGCCUGGAUCUCCAGUACCGCCACAACUUCAGAGACUGGAUCAUGACAUUUCUCCAAUCCGGCGCGAUUCAGUCAGCCAAAGACCGUUGUAUCCUUUGCCUAGCCAACCAGCCAGUAUGUCUCAACCUGCGCCAGUGCUGUCGCCGCCAAAGGAGCUUUCUCGUCCUAGUUCGACACUUCCCGAACCGUCAGAAGGCCCUCCCAAGCAGGUCCCAGCGAAGCGGUCGAAUAUUAUGAGCAUCUUGAACGACGAACCGGAAGAGCCUCCGCCACGGAAACGGCAGGCUUCUGCGGCUCCUUCAAGAGCUGUGUCUCCUUCACGCCCAGUAUAUGCAGCCAUGCCGCCGUUGUCGCAGCCAGGACCUCAGUCGCGUCAAGAAGAGCAGAAGACACCGACCUUUGCCCAGCAAACCCCGAGUCUGUCAUCGUCGCGCUCGUAUUUUGACUACCAUCAGCCUUAUCAGUCUGUUUCAGCGGGCUCUGCUACACCAUCCAACAACGAUUGGAUGGCACGGUUUGACCCUCGAGGGCAGCAGCAACAAGCGCCUCCGCCACAGUCAAUGAGCAGUCGACCAGCGUCCAUGGCUCCCCAGCCACCAUAUUCGCCAUACGCAUCAGGGCAAUCUCAGGCAGCCCCAUCUCUAACGAACCUGACUGCACCUUCGCCGGUUCCUUCGCCAGCUCCAGGUCAACGUCCUACGUACCAGACGUCUGUUUAUGCGCAGUCGCCGUCGAUUUCUUCCUCGCGAGAGUUGCCGUCUCAACCUGUCUAUCGCCAGUCCAUGGGGUCACCACCGCCGCGCAAUAGUGGCAUGACAUACAGCUCCCGACAAGGACCGCCAACACCGAUCCAGUCGUCCACUAGUCUACUUAACAUGCGGCAACCAUCAGCAACACCUUACGGAUCUACAGUAACGACUCCAACAUUAUCUCAACCAGGUGGUCACCAGACGUACCAGCAGCAUGUGCAGACCAUGGUCAAUGGUGCACACCAGCAACAAGCCCAUCGAUCUGCUCUUGGCCUGGCAGGCAGCCAAUACGGCCACAGCACCCCACCACCACAGGCUACGACAUCUCGUUCGGCUGCUGGGCAGCCUCCGUCGUUGUCUAUGGGGCGUUCGUACACGCCCCCAGCGGUUCUACAGCCCAACCCAAGUGGUGGCAUGAGCUAUGCGCCGAGUGGGCCCUCCCCGGCUGUCGGACCGGUGCACCCACUUCAUGCGCGCCAUCCCGGAGUGAGCGAGGCCACGCCAGGUCCAUCUGGAGGUAGUCGCCAUCAUCGGGUGUAUAGUCAGGGAUCGAACGCGGGGCCGCUUGGGCCGCUGACGCCACAACAUCAACACCCUCGGUAG